AUGGCAAGUGUAUCAAGAGCCUCUAAUGGCGCCAAUGGCAAGCUUAAUCAUUGGAAUGGCGCUGGCGCUGCAGAGUUUGACAUGAGAAGCGAUACCAUGACAAAACCUACUCUCUCAAUGCUUGACGCGAUCUGCCAGACCACCCUACUCGACGAUGUCUUCAAUGAAGACCCGGUGACAAAUUCCCUGCAAGACUAUGUGGCAGAGCGGACGAAUCAUGAGAGCUCGCUACUGGUCAUGUCCGGCACUAUGGGCAACCAAGUCGCAAUUCGGACGCACUUGGUACAGCCUCCAUACUCGGUUCUUUGCGAUCAACGCUCUCAUAUUCUCUGCUACGAGGCAGGAGGUGUUAGCACAUGGACAGGAGCGACGGUCCAGCCUGUUAUUCCGAAGAAUGGCAUCCACCUCACGCUGGAAGAUGUUCAACGCCAUGCAGUGAUCGAGGAUGACGACCACUAUUGUCCUACGAGACUGAUCAGCUUGGAGAAUACUCUGGAUGGCAUGGUCAUGCCUCUUGAAGAAGCUCGUCGCAUUGCGGACUGGGCUCAUGCGAACAACAUCAAAGUACACCUUGAUGGUGCGAGGCUUUGGGAAGCCGUGAUUUCUGGUGCGGGUAGCCUGGAUGAUUACACUAGCAUCUGUGACAGCGUGAGCCUUUGCUUCUCCAAAGGUUUAGGAGCUCCGAUUGGUAGCAUAAUUGUCGGGUCCAAGAAUUUUAUCAAGAAGGCCCGAUGGUUUCGUAAAUCAAUUGGCGGUGGUACCCGGCAGGCCGGUGUGAUUGCUGCAGCUGCCCGGGUGGCUAUUGAAGAGACCUUUGGUCCGGAUCCACAUGGUAAAGAGGGCAAACUUCAGGGUUCGCAUGUCAAGGCCAGAAGAGUAGCUGAAUUAUGGACUAAUCGUGGAGGAAAGCUGCUGCACCCCGUGCAUACCAACAUGGUAUGGUUGGAUUUGGAAGCUUCGGGAGUAGGGCCCAAUGACCUGUCAGAAAUCGGGAAGAAAAAGGGCUUGAAGCUUUCUGGGGGGCGUGUGGUCGUCCACUAUCAGGUGUCCGACGAGGCUAUUGCGAAGCUGGAGCAGGUGUUCGAUGUCGCACUGAGUGGGCAAUACCAACGCAGCAACAACCAAAGUAAGCCAUACGGUACUAGAUGA